AUGGAUACGUCGCAUCUCGACGAAGAGAGCCAUGAUGUGAUUCAACUGAAAACCUGUCCUCGAUGUAAGAAGGGGAUCCGUAAGAGCCUGCGAUACGGUAACGUUAUUAAACAGCAGUUGCUUGACAUUGAAAAAGUCAAGGCCAAGGUCAACGGGGAUCAGGUUGAGAUUGAGGCUGCAAAGAAAGACUUGGAAACAAGUUUGAGAGCUUUGAAGCCGACACUUGAGUCGGAAGAUGAAGAGAGAGACUGGGACAUACUAAUGAAACGUGUGACCAAAUUGUCGAACAUGUUUAUGGCAGCUGUCACCAAAAACCAGGUGAUGCUGAUGAAGAGAUUUGCGGAGAUAAACCAGAAGAUGAAGCAUAGACUAUCUAUUAAGACCCAGAGCCAAGUCAACGACGAAAGUCGUGUGGAAGGUACGUGCGCAAUUAUUUUUUUCCUUUUCAGCGUGUGAAUGAGAUUACCGUCAGUAGAGAUCAAGAUAAAUGCCUCUGUUUGGGGAAAAUGAAACCCUCUUUUGUUUACUGUGAAAGUUCCCUUAACAUCUAGGUUAACCCUCCACUGACAUACUGACAUUUCCCCCCAUCCCCCCUCCGCCCGCUACAGCUAUAACAUUUUAUUUUGCCCAUAGCAUAGUAUGUGAUAAAUUUUUCUGAAGCACACUGUCUCAUUUAUCGCCACGGAGGGGGGAUGGGCUGCAGAGGAUUUUGGUUCUGUUACAACAAAAUUUACCUGAUCUCCCCUGAUUAGCAAUCGAUUUUCUGUAGUCUCCCCCCCCCCCAGGUGGUAGAUAAUGACUGGUCCUUUAAACCUUUAACUCCCAAGUUCUCAUUAGUAAUUCUCCUUACUGUCUUACAUACAAUUCUUAUGAUGUCAAUUUGGAGAAUUUGGUAUUGGAUCAACUUGUAGUCCCCUAAUUGAUAUUUUUCUUUAUUCUCAUCACUUCUAUGCUUGGUAUUGUGUUGAUAUUGUGAGGAGAAAUUCUGUCUUGGUCACUCAUGGCAGGUAAAAAGUUAAGGAGUUGCGAUCUCACGAUGAUUUUUUCUUUUAAACGUGAGCUUGCGAGUAUUUCCCAUAAUAAUUGUUCGCUUCCUUCAGAGUAUCAUUACUUACUUUGGUGUCAUUUGGUAGGGUUCUCUUUGCAAGAGGAUCUGAAGUAUUUGCAGAAACGUGCAAAGUCAGGAGAAGUCACGGAGCGAGAGCUGCAUGACAUAAACCUGGAAUGUACCAGGGUUAAUCUGCGAUUGGAGCUGUGUCUGCUGAAACACGACAUCGCAAGCGUCAACUUGACUCCGGAGGAAUCGCAUGGUCAGAUGAUGAGAGAUGUUCGCGAUGAGUUAUCCAGUGGUAAACUAAUUCAAACUGAGAGAUUAGACGAGCUGUUAGAUAUGCUGUCGGGAGUCAGGUGUGUUACUUGACAGUGUCUUUUGUCUUUUAACCCCUUAACUCCCAAGAUCUGAUUGUCAAUUCUCCCCUCUAGUUACUACACAUUUCCUUAUUGAUUGAUUACGAGAACUAGGUGUUCAAUCAAGGUAAUAAAUUGUACCUGAUGAGUUUUAGUGUUCUCAUUACCUGUUUGCUGUAUAAUGUAUGGAUACUCUAGGGAGAAGUUACAUGUAAUCACUUCCGAGAGUUUAAGGGUUAAGGCAUUUUUAAAAGUUACUCUAUGACCCGUACGGCCUCGUGCGCGCGUUUAUUGGUAAAUAUUAGACAAGAAAGCCCGUAUGACGGUAGUUGAUGGCGCAAACAGGGCCAGAUAAAGCCGUGCGGCCGCGCAAGAUGCGAGCUAAUCGAAGAAAGGAGGGAAAUAAAAGAGCAGCGGUCAUAUAAUAAAGUUCUUUUUAACCUAUUGACGCUGCACUCGGUCUGUAAAUUAUGACAUGCCCCUCAAGCCGUAUGGUCCCCUCACUCAGUCAAUAAUUACAUAUCACGAGCCUUUUGACCCGUACGCGUUCGAGUUGGGGGAAACCAUGACGAGCUAUCUCCUUGUCAACCACGCCUUACACUCUCAUGAAAAAAAACUUUUAUACCACUAAACAAACGGCAGAGAUGCAAAUAGAAAGAGUUGAAUCACUGUCUGGUACUAUUCGCGAUAACAUUUUCGUAAAUCUCUCCAUUAUUCCGGGUGUCUUCACUUUUGAUUACCUAAUUUUGAGCAUCGAGGCCCAGAAUUGCUACGCAAGUGAUCUGUUCGGUCUUUCCGUUUUGAAGGAGACGCAAGAAAUUUGUGUCAUUUUAGGAUUUUUAUAGUGAAGACAAUAACGACGAUGACGACUAUGAUAGUAAAGAUAAUACAUUUUGUACUACUUGCAUUUUAGAAAAGCGUACCCAUGUCUGUUACCGUUGACACCCGAAGAAAAACAACAGAUCGUGACGGCCAUGGGCCUCAAACAAGGUCAUUGGUACAAAUGUCCCCAGGGACAUAUCUAUGCCAUUACUGAGUGUGGCGGCGCUAUGGAGAAAAGCACGUGUCCUGAUUGCGGAGCUGUGAUUGGCGGAGAAAAUCACCGACUAGUAGAAGACAACCAAGUGGCGACUGAGAUGGAUGGUGCGAGAUACCCUGCCUGGUCCGAACAGGCGAACAUGGAAAAUUACGUGAUCAUGGAUGAGGCGUAAAAAAGGUUUAAAACUGAGUUUUUAAAGUAAUCGGAACCUCACUGACUAUAUUUUCAGUAGACUCCUUGGACAGUGUGGCAUGAGCGGCAGAGCUAAACCAAUAAGGAUUUUUUUUCUCUCGCGUACCGCGUGCUUAGCAAAGGCUGAGCGGAAUAGAGUUUUACUUCGAUUUGCAUGCAAUGGUUUCAGCUUGUUAAUUAUACGUUCAAUAGAAAAUUUAGGUGGUGUGCCAUGAGAGGGAAAGUUUAACUAUCGU